AACUCUCUUCUCACACAUUCGAAGGACGAAGGUCGUCUUCGUCUUCUUCUUCUUCUUCCUCAUUCAUUCAUCCAUCCGAAGAUCCCAAAGUCUCGAUCUCUGCUUAGGGUUUGUGCUCUGCGAGCGUCGGCAAGGGCGACUUGAAGAUGGAGGACAUGUCUCUGCCAGCUCUCUUUGAACAGGCUCGCAAGAUUCACCUCGCCUCCACGGAAUCGUCCGUCGACCAGGAUACUGUGAAGAAGGGGAUUCAGAGCCUGCAGAAAUGCGAGGACAUGAUCAGUAAGCUCGGAUUGUUCUCCGCGAACGAGACGAAGGAUGAUAUCAGCACCACCAACCUCAAGUAUAUCCUGGUGCCUUUUUAUCUUGUUGAGUUGAUGGAGAAGCUCUCGGAGUCUGAUAGGUCUCAGAUAGUUAAGUCUAACCAGGCGAAAUUAAAGGAAUUUAUAUCGUUCUGUGAAUCGAUGGAACUCUUACCUCAAGAGGAGCUAGAGACAUUGACACAGGGAGGUUCUAAUCAGUUGGCAGAUCGAAGAGCUCUAAAGAUUGCUCGUUUCAAACGUCAAAGAGCUGCAGAAUCGAAGCUCCUAGAAAUCAAGGAGAGAAAAGAGAGGCGUGGGAGAUCUACCAGAGCAGCUGCUUUAUCUACUCCUGUUGAGACAGGAGAGGAAGAAGACCUGGACGAGGAUGGCGAGGAGGAGCGCGAGGCUUGGCUUACUACAACAUCGUUAGCAAUUUGCAAGGCUCUUGAUUUGCUGGAAAUGUUGAAGAAAGAGGAAGAAAUUCUUUCUGCAGUAAAGGAAAUGCAAUUGAAGGAGGGGGAAAAGGAAGUCUCUCGUGAUGUCCUAGAUGAGCGGACCAAAACAGCUGAGGCUUGGCAUCGCAAUGCUGCAGCUCGAGCUCAGUACACAAAGCCAGCCCCACCCAUUACAUGUGCAACUUUUGCCCAAGAUGUUUUAGAAGGCAGAGCAAGCGUCUCUCAGGCGCAUGAACACAAACACCAGCCGCUCAUAUUUGGACCUGCGAGUCUCGUUAAUGGCAGUUUUACGAGCGAGAGGGAUAGGAUGGCAGCACGAGUUUUCCAACCCAGUUAUAGGUUGCCCACCAUGAGUAUAGAAGAAGCAGGGUUGAAGGAGAUGGAGAUAAUGAACAAGUUCCAGGAGAGGAAUGCCAAACUCAUGGAAGAAGCCAACUCUGCCUGGUACAAGGACAAACCGAGGAAGCCGGGCCCAGCCAAUGACGAGGAUGAAGAUGAAUACGAUGACGCCGCGGUAGAGAAGGCAAGGGCUUGGGAUGAUUGGAAAGAUGACAAUCCCCGCGGUGCAGGCAACAAGAAGCUCACUCCUUGUGGGUGAAUCGAAUUUAUAGCUAUUUCAUCGGUCCUGUUUGUAAGAGUUUUGCGGAUUUUCAAUUUACUGCUAUUUGAUGUGUACUGAUACUUGGGGCUUAGUGAUAGCAUCAAUAAUAUCUUGAGAUGAAAGCCGUCAA